AGUAAUAUAAAACGGAUGAACUAGAUAAAAUAGCUUAGACGGCUUAUUCUUUUAAUUUUACUAAACUAAACAACCAACGAAGAAAAAAAAUGCCACCCAGGACCCACACCCACCUACAGCAUAGUUUUUAGUUAAGGUAGUUGGACUUCAUUUCAUCAUUUUAGUUGUUUUUUUUUUUUUUUUUUUUUUUUUUUUUUUUUUUUUGAGGGGAUCAUCAUUUUAGUUGUUAGUUCCUCCAUCUUCAUGCAUCUUUUUCCCUUCUCUGUCAAUUUCUCUCUCUCUCUCUCUUCUUCAUUUGCAUUAUAAACAGUGGCUCUUCGCAAAUUUAGGAUUCCCCUUUUACCUCUCUCUCCCCUAUUUCUUAACUCUUAUUAUACACCUGCUUGUAGUCGUCUACAUGGCUUUUUUUUUUCUCUAAGACCCUAUCAACCCACAUUCCAUUUGGAAAACAGUACACAAAAAUCAAUCUUACUACUAAAAUAUAGUAACAUACUAUCCUUUUAUAUUCUUUUUACUUACCAAUUUCUAACAUUUUAUUGUUUCAACUCAUUAAUCAACUAAUUAGAAAUGGUAGUAUUAUUCUGUUUUUAGACAUUUCUUUUUAUUAGUUUAGUAGUAAUUAGUAGUAAUGCAGUUUCUCCUUUGAUUUCUGAGCUUUUAUAUUGUCAAAAAAUUAAUUUUUUUAGCUCUUGGGAAGCGCCGGUGAGGGUCCCACCUGGCCACCUAGACCAGAAAUUCUUCUUCAUACAAAACCAUUUUUUUUUUUAAUCCUAACAUUUAUUUCUUGUAAUUUGUUGGAUUUCUGGUCUGGGUUUUCUCUUUAAAUCAUUUUAUCUAUUUCCCACAUUUGAAAUAUUCAAAUUUAUUUAUUUAUUUGAUUAUUUUUCUCCUUGUACCGAAUCUUAAUCAGAGCACAAUUGUUUUCAACUUAUUAAUGAACAUUGCCAAAAAUUAUUAGUUUGACAUAGUUUUAUUUCGAACUUUUGAUCAUUCCCUUAAUUUUUUUGAUCAAAUGAUUCUUUUUUAACAAUAAUUCCUUUGAUUGAUCAUUUCAUUGUUUUUGUUAUUUCUUAAAAGAAGCUGGGUUAUAUUGCAUUUGACUUCAAUUUUCUCGAUCAAAUUUUAAGCCCACAUUGCUAUAUUUGCAAAUCAACAACAAUUGCAUUCAUUGAAAUUCUGGGUUUUUCUAAGAUUUUAGGAUAAGCUAGAAAUCGAACCUGAGGUUUUCGAAUUAUUUUUGGGUUGUUGAUUGAGUUCUUCUCUUGUGAAUAGGAGAACCCAAUUGAUUAACCUGAUAAAAUUUGGUGCAUUGUUGUAAUUGCUAUUUUGAUCAAAAUAAAGGGUGGUCAAAUUUAGUUUUAAGGGUGUAAUUUGGUUUUUUAAUGCCAAGAUAUCAUAAAAAAGUGGGGGAAAAAAGUAUUUGCAUACAAAGUGUUUGUAGAAAGGUGGCUUAGAAGGUGAAAAAAUUGUUAUUAUGGGUUGCAUUUGUUCAAAAGAAUCAUCUAAAAGUAAUGAUCACAGAGAGGUGAACAAGUCUCAAGUGCAUUUGCUUCCACCAACAAAGAGAGAAGAGGUAAAUGGGUAUGGUGAGGGGUCAAUCAGGAGCAGGCCUCCAUCAAGGGUAACAUCUGCAACCAAUCAUUCCGGGUCGUUGAGUGGGUCGAGUCGAGCACCAUCAAAGGUCAAUUCUGGUAGUACUCUUGCCAAUGGCUAUUCAACUUCUCUUUCUAAUAAACAUGUGGAUGAUCAUCAAGGAGAGAAAAUUAAGACGAUCAUUGUCGAAAGACCAUCAUCAAAAGGGUCUCAUCAUAGAAGGGCAACUGUGGAUUUGGGUGCUGAUGGAGGUCAAAAGCCAAUGUCUAGGAUAAGUAGUAUGCCACGAGGCCGUCAUGGGGAGCAGGUUGUUGCUGGCUGGCCUUCUUGGUUGAGUUCUGUUGCAGGAGAAGCAAUCCAAGGGUGGCUGCCUCGACGAGCAGAUUCAUUUGAAAAGUUGGACAAAAUUGGCCAAGGAACUUACAGCAGCGUGUACAAGGCUCGUGAUCUUGAAACAGGGAAAAUAGUUGCUAUGAAGAAAGUGAGGUUUGUCAACAUGGAUCCAGAAAGUGUUCGCUUCAUGGCUAGGGAAAUACUUAUUUUACGUAAACUAGACCAUCCAAACGUCAUGAAGCUCGAGGGGCUAGUCACAUCAAGGAUGUCAGGAAGCUUGUACCUCGUGUUUGAGUACAUGGAGCAUGAUCUGGCAGGUCUUUCAGCAAGGCCUGGCAAUAAAUUCACAGAAUCACAGAUAAAAUGCUUCAUGCAACAACUGCUCUCUGGACUAGUGCAUUGCCAUAGUCGUGGAGUCCUUCACCGAGACAUCAAAGGUUCCAACCUUCUCGUUAACAAUGAUGGCGUGCUCAAAAUUGGAGAUUUUGGUCUGGCAACUUCUUUCAAGCCUGGCCAAAAGCAGCCAUUAACAAGUCGUGUAGUAACUUUGUGGUAUAGGGCCCCUGAACUUUUGCUGGGUGCAACGGACUAUGGAAUCGCUGUAGAUAUGUGGAGUGUGGGUUGCAUAGUUGCAGAACUUUUUGCUGGCAAGCCAAUCAUGCCGGGACGAACAGAGGUGGAACAAAUGCACAAGAUUUUCAAGCUUUGUGGUUCACCAUCUGAAUCUUACUGGAAGAAAACAAAAUUACCACAUGCAACUAGUUUCAAACCCUCACAACCAUAUAAGCGUCGUCUCAUGGAGGCAUUUAGAGACUUUCCUUCUCCUGCUUUAGCGCUUGUUGACGCCCUUCUCUCCAUUGAACCAGAGAAAAGAGGAACUGCUUCAACUGCACUGAAGAGCGAGUUCUUCACGACGCACCCACUUCCUUGUGAUCCAUCGAGCUUGCCAAAAUUCCCUCCCACUAAGGAAUUCGAUAUAAAACUCCGAGAUGAGGAGGCCAGAAGGCGAAAGGCAGAGGCCGUAAAAGGACGAGGGCCUGAAUCUGUUAGGAGAGGUCCAAGAGAGUCCAAGCCAACCCCAGAGUAUGAUGCUGAUGGAGAUGUCUCUUUACAGGGACAAAAGGGUGCGCGAAAUUACAAGGCGCAAAGAAAUGGAGGGAGUGCCUUGACAACAGAGGCAGACAGGCGAAACACACCCAACGGAAAGUGUAGUACUAUGGUUCACCCAAGUGCUGUUGGAUCGACGUGGAAUAAGAAGUCAAAGGAUGAAAAUGAUGCGCACGAGGCCCCUGGAAGAACUAUAAGCUCUUCCAAAAAUGGACCUGAUUCAAGAUCGCAUAGACUUGGCAUGGCUUCAGGAGAUGCGGACCUUUCAAACUUAUCUAACCGAAGUAAUGAAUGGGCUUCUGGCAAAGACAAUGGUUACAUGCCAAAGAAGAACAGGAUGCACUACUCUGGACCUCUGGUUCCUACCGGGGGAAAUCUUGAAGAUAUGUUAAAAGAGCAUGAGAAGCAAAUCCAACAGGCUGUCAGGAAGUCACGCACGGAGAAAGCCAGAAAUAAAACAAAUGAUGAUGUUUGGGAGGUUCAGUUGCAAAAUUCUAAUGGAAAAAAUGGUUGGUAACUUGUAUAGCAUAAGCAAAAGGUUCAUCAUCUUCGUUGAUCUGGUGUCUCGAGUAUUUGAAGGAGCUCAUAACAACAUCUGAGAGAAGUAGAAUUUUACGUACUAAUUGCAUUGAUUAACCAGGAUAUGAACAGAGCUCCAUAAAGUACAGGAAAAGAAUAGAAUUAACACUUUUUUUGGUUUUGCCUGGUUUAUUAUAGUCUUUGGUAUGGGGAGAUUUAUUAGUAAA